AUGACAACCUAUGAGCCUAACUAUGCUAGACUGCUACAACUUUCUGAACUAGAUUCAGAACAUAUUCCAAAAAUAAAAUCCAAGAAUGAUGGGCACGGUGAAUUGAUCAAUUUAGUAUUAGACAACGGUGUUUCGACCGACGUAAAUUUGGAAGACGAUGGUUCUUUAAUGGUUCGAUCUCAAAUAUCGAAAACACAAAGUAGACCACUAACAGAAUGUGAAAUGUCUAACUUUGAAGAUUCUUAA